CUUCGUCUUAAGUAUUUUUCAACACAAGUUUGCUACGUCGCUCGCCUGCUUUUUCUGGUUGCUCAAAAUGGUCGAAAUAUUGCACCGUAACCCUGCUAGCAGAGAGCUUUUAGACAGAUUGGAUGACCAUGCAGACUGGUUGGUGAGAAAAAGUCGACGGUAUCUACCGCAUGUAGCAAGAUUUUGUCUUGUAUCAACAUUUAUUGAAGAUGGAUUCCGUUUAUUAACACAAUGGUCAGAUCAAGUCGAUUAUAUACAAUCUGUAUGGGGUAUACCUGUAAUAUUUGCUGCAUUUUUUAUUCUACUCAAUAUCUGUACACAAUUUAUUGGAAGUUCACUUGUUUUAAGUCGUUAUCAUGUGAAAAUCGGUGUUGGAAUACUUAUGGCCACUGUAUUACUUCAGACUAUAGGUUAUAAUAUCUGGACUCAUGUAUUCUUUAUGCGUAAUCUUUCAUUGAUUGGUAGUCUGUUACUACUAUUGGCUGAAGUACAACAACAAACACGCAGUCUGUUAGCUGGUCUACCAUCAUCCGGUGAAAAUACUCAACGACAGUAUAUACUACUCGGUGGACGUAUAUUAAUUGUUUUAAUGUUUGUUACAUUAAUUCACUUGGGUAAUAGUAUAUUUUAUGUUAUACAGUCCAUCGGUAAUCUUAUCCUCAUUCUGCUAGUUGCUAUUGGUUACAAGACAAAAUUAUGCGCUACAGUAUUAGUUCUUUGGUUAACUGGUAUGAAUUUCUAUUAUAAUCGUUUCUGGUCUGUGAGUAAUGAUAGUUUAAUGUGGGAUUUCUUAAAAUAUGAUUUCUUUCAAACAUGGUCAGUUAUCGGUGGUUUAGGCCUGGUUGUAGCCUAUGGUCCAGGUGGUGUCAGUGUAGACGACUACAAAAAGAAAUGGUAAUAUCGAUGAAGGAAUUUCGAGAAGCUGUUGACAGCAGUGAUGAUGGUGAUGUCAGUGAGAAGAUCCUCGUGAUAAUAUAAUCGUACACAAUCACUCAUCUCCAACAGCAGUAUAACAUAUGUGUGUAUGCGUGUGUUUUUUUUUUGGGGGGGGGGAGAAAUAAUACGUUGAAAAUCUUUUUUCCUUUUUCUAAUCUCUUCUAUUUUGGUCUCUUCCUCUCUUUUCUUUGUCCCUCGUCCGGUUGCCCCACUAUUUCCGUAUCUUUUAUCUCUACCAUGUUUUUGUUGUGUACUUCAUCCCACACACAAACUUCGUCAUUAUGCUUUUCAUCAAUCAACUAACCAACCAAUCAGUAGUGUUUGCUGAUUACCCCACUCUUAGUAUUCUUCGCCUGUACGAAUGAGCCUUGCUCAUCUUUAUUUUUUUUCUGUAAUUGCUACUUCAUUCCUGUCAUUUUCUGUGUUUAUACUCGUCUUCUCAUCUGUCUCUUCCCCCCCCCUCCCACACAUACAUAUAUCUAUAUCUGCUAUGAAUCCUGUUUUCCUUGUGUACAGUAUAUGCGUGUAUUUGUUAUGUCUUUUCCAUGCAGAGGAGGGGAAUCCUUUUUGGUCUGUUUCUGUGUAUGUAUUUAUAUUUGACAUAUGUGUUAACAAAUCCUCGUUUUUUGUGUGUGUGUGUGUUCCCUUCUUGUGUCUUUUUGGUCUUUUUACGCCCACCUCCUCACAUUGUUUUCAAAUGUUAAUAUACAUAUACACGUUGUCAAGGUCAACUUCUCUUUUUUUGUGUUGUUAUCUGUUAUUGGUUUAUGUAUGUACGUAGUGCGUGGGCGUACAUACACUCGUGUUCUUCUUCUUCCUAUUGGUCACUGAUUCCUUUCUGUCUGUCUAUCUAACUAUCUAUUUCUCUCUCUCUCUCACACAUACGCACACUAUUCCACCUACCACUGUAUGAAAUCAUACACAGUCAACCAUAUUUCAUAGUCAAAAAAUACAAUCAUGCACAUAGACACCUGUGUGUAUUGCUGCAA